AUGUUAUCAAAUGGACUCCCUGGCUUGGCCACUGCCUACGCUGAUCGGAGUCCGAUCCUCUGUAUAACGUCUUCGCCACCAUUGCGGGAUACAGAGAACAACUCGCUUCAGGGGUUUAUCGAUCAGGUGGUAGCGGCUCGACCAAUUACAAAGUUUGCUCAUAGGGUUGGGACUCCUGAGGAAUGUCCAAGAAUUGUAUCUCAUGCCCUUCGAGUUGCCCAGUCUGCCCCUCCGGGGCCUGUACUGCUCGACUUCCCAAUCGAUGUGCUCUUCUCCCCGGUUCAUCCAAGCCUCAUUGCCUGGGGAUCAAUUGCGUCACCCCCAUCUUUCCCUCCGGGCCCUCAUCCUGCGGCAGUUGAAGAGGCUGCACGCCAUCAGCUCUUCAAGCUAGCCGAGGAUUGCAACAUUCCGAUCUUCAACACCUCCAAACAUGCAUCUUUCAAUCCAUCGUCGCCCAUGCUCUCCAGAAAGACAGCGGGAGUUCUAGCCAUACUUCCGUUGGUAAAGGUCCCACGUCCAGACUUGGUGUUGCUUUUGGGUGCACGAACAGGAAUGUUCCUAGGUGGUCGUAGCGGCGCUAUAAUUCCAGAUAAAGAUUGCAAGCUCGUGCAAGUUGAUUGUGAUGGCAGUGAAAUUGGUCGCUCUCUUCCAGUCGACCUUGGUAUUGUCUCGGAUUCUGAAGCUUUCCUUUCAGCAUUGAACGCCAAUUUUAGUUCAACGCAUCCAACAAGUGUCGACAAAUAUCAUGACUGCAACUGGAUAUCUGGCUUCCUGGGCAAUGGCUUUGGGUAUACCCUAGGCUGUGCCAUUGCUGCCCCCGGUUGCAAAGUCAUCAACGUACAGGGGGAUGGCUCUGCUGGCUUUCAUCUUAUGGAGCUAGAUACCUACAAGCGAUUCAAUUUGAAUAUCAUGACAGUCGUCGUGAACAACUCAAACUGGGGUAUGAGCUCUAAUGGACAAGACCUCGUCUACGGAGCCGAUCAUUUUGCACGACCCAUCAGCGCGCUGAGCUCGUCAACUGAAUACGAUGUUGUUGCUAAGGGCUUGCAAAAUGCUGCUGCUAAAGUGUCUCGCGUGGGGGAUAUUCGGAGUACAGUCACCAAGUUCUAG